GUCCUUCUUAGGUCAUGUCCUUGAGGAGGUUACUAUCACCACUUAAUAGUUUCGGUUAUUUGGAUUUUAACGAUCAAUAUUCUCAUAUGGUACUUUUGGAUAUUUGUCCCUCAGUGAUGGUAUAGCCUAAAAACUAAUCCAUAAAACCCAAUGGCCGACAUUAAUAAACCGCUUGAUGACAAUGUUGUCAUUUCGCGUCGUACGUUGAACACAUUUGGUGGCGUGUUUUGCUCUGUAACAUUAUCUCAGUUCAGUAGUGUAAUAUUUCUACGUUUAGGUACGUCUAGUGUUCUCUAUAAAAAAUUGCUUCUCGCGUAGGGUUUAUUAUUGCUCAUGCUGGUUUGCUGGAAAGUAUAUUACAACUAUUUUUAUCUUAUUUCAUCCUGCUGCUGACUGUAUUUUCUAUAUGCGCAAUCAGUACAAAUGGAGCAGUUGAAGGAGGAGGUGUGUAUUGUAUCCUUUUCUAUUGUAAUUAGAAGUGAUCGUGAGAAAAUGAGUCGUUCAAUGAUUUUUAUGCUUAAUUUUUCAUCGUCACCUCAGAUUGUUUUUAAUUGUAGGAAAUCUGAUUAGAUUGUGUCAUUGGUAUAUAAAAUUACUAAUCUCAUAUUUUUUACCAUUGUGUAUACAUGUACACCUGUAUCGAAGGUGGCUUUAGCUGAACUGAAUUGUUACCGAAGAAUUUUAUAUUUAUUUCAAACUUGUGGUGAUACUGCUUGUAGUCUUUUAUAAUAGGGACAAUGGUUUAGCUGAUUUAUUAAUUUUUGUGAUUAAUUCUGGAUGAAGUGCCUUCUUAAAAGUUUAUCAAGCAAGGUGAACUGUUCGCGUAGGAAGUACUAGUUGUUAACCAAUAAAUCAGAGUAAUUACACUUUAAUCAAAGUUCAUUUGGUAAAAAUUUGUAAAAUUAUUCAUUGUGGAUCCAAAAGUGCCUACACAUAAAGGAGAGAAUUAAGUAAUUGAAUUGAAUAUGAAGCCACUCAGAAGUUUCACUAGUUAUGAUAUAUAAUGUCGAUGAUAAAUCUGAUUUUUUAAAAUUAGGUCAAGGGUACCUGCUUCGUUAUAACAAUACCAUACCUGAAACUCGAAUAGUAUUGUCGUAACAUGUUCUCGAUAAUCAUAUACUCCGGUUGAAAUGAUUCAGAAUGACCACAUUAACCGUAUUUCCUUUAAUCGUUGACUAUGAGAAUCAUGAGGUUUCUAGACAAUAAUACAUACAUACCCUAUGUUCACGAGUUUGAAACAUUUCGGAUACUGUAUAAUUAAUCAUAAAUGAUGUGUAGCGGCCUGAGUUACCAUGCUUUGUCAAUAACAGGUAGAGGAAGAGCAAAUAAGUCAAGAUUUUAAUGUAAUUUUCAUAGUUUAGAUCACGAACUGAUCUUAGUUAAACCACCAUUGGAAACCUAGGAGUGCUGGACGGCUUUUGAUAGUUCAUGAAAUAAUAUUAUAAGUUUCAAUUUAAACAAAGGUAAAAAAUAAAUAAGGAUAUUGCAUUGGGACUGAAGGUCGACAGCCAUUGAACAUGGGUACUGCUCCGGCAACCAGAAAGUUCGCCCCUCCAUAAAUGCCUCUAUCCAAUAAUGACUUCACAGACUGUUGGGAUUUCUUUGUUUAGACACAUGCAGCUUUCUACACUGGUCCUACGCCAGCCAGCAUUGCUUCGGGGGAGGUUUUGACCAAACAUGUCCCAGAUAAACUAAAUGAUUAAGGUUUUAGGUUUUAUCAACCAAUUCACAACCAUCAUGUCAUACUCUACGCCGAAACUGAAUGUUGUGUAGAGAUGUAUUCGUCCAGUUCUCAAGUUCUUAUUCAAAGUGAGACAGUUAUCACGGUAUACAUCAACACGUUUUUGUGUUUUCUGAAACUGUUUUCACAUAUUAACUGUAACCGAUUUCCUUUAUGAAAAAAUCAAUUAGUCAUGCUUAGUAGGACUUUAGGUCCUGAAUUCGGUGGAGCUAUUGGAUCGAUAUUUUUCUUCGCACAAGUUUGUAGUGCUGCUUUGUAUAUAGCGGGAUUAGUGGAAGCUGUGCUAAUAAAUUUCGGUCCUGGAGGUAUUUUAUUCGAUGGCGUACUACCUGGUGAAAAUCACUGGUGGAGUUACCUGUAUGCUAUAGUUAUUCUUGCACUUUGUAUGUCUAUCCUAUUAAUUGGUAGUCAAAUGUUUGCUCGUGCUCUGUACUUCAUUCUUGCAGUUGUGAUUAUUGUUAUUAUAUGCGUAUUUGCUAGUUUCUUUCUACAACCAAAAUUAAUACCUUUGCCAAGAUCUAAUUCGCUUAUCUAUAAUUCAUCAACACCAAAUAAUGUAACUAUAUUUGCCGAGUUUAGUGGCCUAAAUGGGAAUACAUUCAAAGAAAAUCUUUAUCCUAUGUAUUCAAUUGAUUAUACUACUGGUUUAUUGACGUCAUUCGUCAUUGUUUUCUCCGUAUUAUUUUCUGGUGUAACUGGGAUAAUGAACGGUGCGAAUGUGUCUGGUGAGUUAAAGAAUCCUUCUCGUUCAAUCCCUUUGGGAACUCUAUCUGCUCUACUUUGCACAUUGUUAAUUUAUCUCGUUAUGAUGAUAUUCUCAGCUGCUUCUAACAGCCGAUAUCUGCUAUUAAAUAACAAUAUUUUUAUGCAAUCAAUUAGUUUUUGGCAACCAAUCGUUGUAAUAGGUGUUUUUGCUACUACAUUAUCAGCAGCUUUAGGAAAUCUUAUUGGAGCUUCACGUAUAUUGGAAGCGAUAGCUCGUGAUGAAUUAUUUGGUCGACUUCUUCGUCCAGCAAAAUGGACCACAAAACGUGGAAAUCCGAUAGUUGCAGUCCUUUCUGCUGGGUUUCUUUGUUUGCUAAUUUUACUGAUUGGUAGAUUAAAUGCUAUCGCUCCACUUGUAUCUGUUCUAUUUUUACUGGCUUAUGCUUCAGUGAAUUUGGCCUGUGCUGGUUUAGAUGCUGCCUCACCACCAAACUUCAGACCAACAUUUCGUUAUUUUAAUUGGAUCACUUCAAUAUUGGGAAUGAUUGGUUGUAUCAUUAUGUGUUUAUUAAUUCAACCAAUAUAUACGGUAGUCGCAAUUAUUGUUUUAGGUCUACUUGUGUUUUCAUUAUAUCAACGGCAUUUAGAAUCGUCAUGGGGUAACAUUGGACAAGCUCUUCUAUUUCAUCAAAUCCGUAAAUAUUUAUUAUUGUUGGAUGCCCGUAAAGAUCACGUUAAAUACUGGCGACUUCAAUUACUGUUACUCGUUGCAAAUCCACGUUCGUCAGCUUCACUUGUACAGUUUAUGAAUAGUUUGAAAAAAGGUGGUCUGUAUGUAGUUGGUCAUGCAAUUUGUGGUGAUACAGAUGAGUUCGUCGAUCAAUCGGAUCCAUGUCUAAAUCAGCGUUGGUAUUGGACACAAUAUGUGAAAUACUUGAAAACUAAAGCAUUUGUAGAAAUCACAAUUGACCGAAGUGUACGCAGAGCUAUAUCCCAUCUUAUUCGAAUUUCAGGUUUGGGUGCAAUGCGUCCAAAUACAGUUUGCUUAGGAUUUUAUGAUGAUAAGCCGUCAGUUGAUAUUUUAGCUAGGAUUUGGAAAGAACGUAAAGUAAAAACAUUCAGUUCAUGGCCAAAUCAUAUCCAUUCAUACAGUUCCACAGAGUUGAUCAUUAAUAAUAAUGAUGCCCAAACGACAAAUGCUUAUUUAAACAGCAGUGAACUAUUAGCUAAUUUUGGUUCAGUUCCGAAUCAGGAUUCAAAUUCUAUUUUUGUCAAUCAGAAUAAUGCAGAUAAUCAAUUUUAUACCGACCAUCGUUCUGGUCGUCUUACUUCACAAGAAUAUGUUAGCAUUAUUCGAGAAAUUCUCAAUAUGGAGACCAAUGUUGUACUUGCUCGAAAUUUCGAUAGAGUAAUUUUUGAUGAAGGUAUGUCUGGUUGGGAUACAACUCGACGUUAUUUCCGCAAUAUUUUUCAUACAACUAAUCGUUCACAACGACUAAAUUCAAAUUAUAAUAAUGGUUAUAAUGCAGGUACAGUAAUGGAUACUACUAAUUCAAUGCAUGAAAUUAAUCCAUAUAUAGUAGACACUUCAAAAGCUAUAUUCUUUGAUAUAUGGCCAAUUAAUCUUCUUGAAUUUUAUGGUGGGACUUUAAAUCUACCAUCAUCUUCAUCAUCACAUGAAGAAAUUUACAAACAAGCAAUUGAUCGUACUGGUCUUUUCCUUUUACAACUUGCCUGUUUAGUCGCUAGAUCACCCUAUUGGCGUAAACGUCGUCAUCCACCAAAACUACGCGCAUUUUUUCCACAGUUAGGUACAAUGAAUCAAAUGAAUCCACCUAAUGGGGAAGUUGUUACGGUAGUUGACAAAACACGUUCCCAGUUGUCGACGUUGUUGAAAAAUUUACGAAUUCCUGCGGAAAUACAUCUGGUUGAUAUGGAUAUUUCAGUAAUGAAAAAAAAUUCAAUGUUGAAAAAUAUUGAUGAUAAUACUAAUGAUAACAGAAGAAUAAUCUAUUUGAACCAAUUAAUUCUGUCUUAUUGUCAUCCGAAUACAACAGCUUUAUUUCUUUAUUUGCCUAAACCAAGUUCAGAUUUAUCAUUAGCUGAUAUUUAUUUGAAUCAAUUGAAUAUACUAACCGAUACGUUACCGCCAACAUUGUUAGCUCAUGGUUUACAUGAGGUUACAUCAGCUGAACUGUAACGAUUAAUUUUGUGUUUUGAUAUGAGUUUGAAAAUGAGUGAGCAACAACAUACUUGUAUUUUUCGAUACGCAUUAUAUCAAUAAUUUGAUCCAUUUUUUACUACUAUCUGGUUGUUUUUUCUCUGAUUGAAUUGAUUGUUAUCUAUUUGUGUGUUUGCGCAUACACAUGUAUCCCUUUUUGAUCAAUACAGUUAUUUUUACUAAGUGUUCAUGCCUUAUUCACUAGUUUGUUAACGCAACACGAUUAUAGUUGCCUUCCUUCAGUAUUUUUUCAUGUUCACAUUUCUAUCUGUGACUAACAGUUCCACAGUAAUUUUUAUUGUCAGUACUGAGAUUCAACCAACUAAUCAUUACUUUAUUAAUAAAGUCGUAAAGAUCUAAGAUUACAAUGUGUUUAUCAUCAGAUCAAUAGUCAAAGUACUGCUUUUUGUUAUUCGUAUCUUAUUUUACUAAUUAAAUAAUUUCUCACACAUUCAUUGUUGGUUGUUUGAGGCCUAAAUUUGUUAGAAUGAGCGAUGAAUAAGAACAGUUAUAAUUCUUUUGAAAGAAAAACAGUUUCUUCUAAAUGUUCAUAUUUAUCAUUACUUCAAUACAUGCACACAUACACACACGUAAGUCAUGAUUGUCUACAGUUUGUUCAUGUUUUGAUCAUUAAUACAGUGUGUUUCGUUGACCUAAUUACUAUUUAUGAAUUUUGAUGAACAAGUUUUGAUAAAUAUAAUUUCUUUAUUUAUAAAUAAUGACGAUCAGACAAUAAAAAAAUUGGAUACAGAUACCAAUAUCUAAAUAACAUGCUGAUUCAUGAACUUUAUUAAUUGUCUUCAUGUACUCAACCUAUUUACAUUUAAUCUCGUUUUGUUUUUCACUUCUUUAUAUCAUCACAUUUUGUUUUUGUGAUUUUAAUAAAGUUUAAGUAUUUUGUGUUUUAAUGGACGUGUAUUCAUUUCAUUCUUCUCAUCAGAAUUUUCUAUUUUGGUCAGCUAUAAUUUCUUUUUUUUAUAUAUAAUUACGAUAAAUACAAAUAUAAACGGUAACAAUUGAUUUAAACAUUUAUUAUAACAAAGAUGUUUGUUUUGUUUCUGCGUAAGCGGUAGUGUUAGUUAUUAACAAUUAACUGUUGUUCAUGAUACAAACUAUUUACUUGACAU